AGCACUAAUCAUCAUCACUCAAGGAAUUCACGCGAAUUCGUUUUUAAUCAUAAUCUCAGACAAUUUGAGGAAUAAAAGGAGAAUAAGACGAAUUUCUUGUCAUUUUGAUGGCAGGUGCCCUGGUAACUGAUAGUAUGAAGAAGGGGACGUCACUUCAAGCGCUAUGUUGAUCCCAGCAGCCCUCCUAUCCAGAGAUGCUCACCAGCUCAGACAAAUCUCUAUCUCUGAUGCCCGACCACUGUGCCCCAGCGGGUUUGGCUUCCGGGCCCAAAGGCAGCACAUCCAGUAGGGUGUAUGGCACUCGCUCCUCCCUCUCUCUCCCUGAGCCAGAGCCAUGGCGCCGGACCCCCAGCCCAGGCACCACCCGUCAAGGGGGCCUUGUCCAGGAGUCCCGCUCCUGCUCCUUGCAGGUUCCCCACUCCGGCCUGGAGACCCUGGAUCUACCCCCGCGUGCGACCAGCUUCGAUGUCCCUUACAGGAUGGAAGAGGCAGGGUCGGACACAGGCUCAGGGUCUGUGAGCCCCUGUAGUAUGCAGAGGAGACGAGGUGGCAUCGUGGAUCAGAGAGAUGUGAUCAGGGCCCACGAGUCGCACAAGAUGCAGAGCACACCACAGGCCCGCAGGAAAGACUGGGAAAUGGCUCGGUUUGGAGAUGAGGUUCAGAUGACGAUGGAUUCCCGAGACUCCGGGGACCCGGAGCGCGGGGAGGACGGCGGGGACACGGCUUCAGGUACAGGGUCAGGGACGCUAAAACAAACCAAAGCGGCGAGGGCGCGCACCAUGGCUCUCUACAACCCUAUACCCCACCGGCAGAACUGCCUCACUGUCAACAGGUCGCUCUUCAUAUUCGCCGAGGACAAUUUAAUUCGGAAAACCGCCAAGAGGAUCAUAGAAUGGCCAUAUCCUUCCUUAUACUAUACAUACUCACUCACACGUUAUCACAGCACUCAAGAUUUGUUUAGUGUUGUCCGUCCAUUGUCAAAAAGUAUUGCUAACUGCUACUUUGACUGUAGCGCAUAUCAGCACAAUGGACAGCGCCCGUAUCUAUAUUAUAAUGGCUGUCCUCAGUCGUCACUUUUAAUUGAGUUCUUUAGAUUUGAUUGGACUGUUAUAGUAGGCCUUCAGUUUGUUCUUCAUUUUUAUUUUCUUCAUUUUUUUGAGGUACAUUUGUCUAUUAGUCAGUCUAUUAGUCAGAAAUACACGUUUUUGUUGUUGCCUUUUUCUAUGCUAAAUCUAUCAAUAUCCACCAAAGACCACAGAGAGCUGAGUUUUGUCAUGCUUAUACUUACGGUAUAAUGCUUAUACUAAUACUUUAUUGUGCUCUACAGAUAAUGCAUUGAUUCCAUAAUGCAAUACACUGCUCGUUAGAGAUGUAUCAUCAUCCUCAAACAUUGUGCCACUCUGCUGCUUCCUGUUAUUUAACCACCAUCCCAGUUGUUGUGUGGGUGUACAACCAGAGUGGUCAAGACAAGCUGAA